AAAGGCCGAGUUAGACAACUCGUGUUAGUUAAACCAACUUUUUUUUUUUUAAAUUUUUUUUAUUUAAUGAGAUAUCCAAUUUUUAAUUUUUAAUUUUUUGGCUCCUAUAUGGAAUUGCCUUCAAACCAAAAAGAAAGGAUUGGCUCUUGGUUAAGUUUGCCACAUUGCCUUAUCCUAGAGGAAUAGUGAGCAGAAAAUCAGGAAGAAAUGCAAGCAUCAGUCCACCCUAUAACAUGCUAUGUCUCCUUCUUUUCUCUCAUUCAUCAAGGAAAUGGUAGUAUAAAUGUACAUAAAGCAUUUAGAAGAGGAAAGGUUUAUUGCUCAAAGAUAUCAUCAUCAAUGGAGAACCCUGAAAAGGGCAAAAAUGGUAAUUCAGAACGAUUAUACCUUGGAAUGGACUUUGGUUCAUCAGGGGCUAGAUAUGCUCUCAUUGAUAAACAAGCCCAAAUCAUUGCUGAGGCCAAGAGAGAAUACCCUCUUUAUUUGGAUGGAGAAUCUGUUAACUGGGCGCGCUCAUGGAAAGAAACACUAUUUUCAUUGCUUGAAGACGUUCCAGUACAGCUUCGGCCUCUUGUUUGUUCCAUUUCCAUAGAUGGCACAUCUGCUACAACUAUGAUUGUUAACAGCUCUACAGGGGAGCCAUUAUGUAGGCCUCUUUUGUAUAAUGAGAGUUGCCCGGAUGCUUUACCAGCAGUUAAGUCUAUAGCGCCCCCAAAUCACACAGUCUGUACUGGCUCCUCUACGCUGUGUAAGCUGGUUUCUUGGUGGAAUUCUGACAGCCAGAACAAGGAUUCUGCUGCACUAUUGCAUCAAGCAGAUUGGUUACUUUGGCUGCUUCAUGGAAAAUUAGGCAUCUCGGACUAUAACAAUGCUCUGAAGGUUGGGUUUGACCCUGAGAUGGAUUCUUAUCCACCUUGGCUGCUGUCACAACCUUACUCGAGUGUUUUGCCUUCUAUUUUAGCUCCAGGAUCUGCAAUAGCAAAUGUCAAAGAGGAUGUCAGAAAAAGAUUAGGUUUCUCUGAGGAUUGCGUUGUUUGUGCUGGAACAACUGAUAGCAUUGCCGCGUUUCUUGCAGCUCGUGCCACAGAACCAGGAAAGGCGGUAACAUCUUUGGGUUCAACCCUUGCAAUAAAACUACUAAGUAAUACCAGGGUUGAGGAUGCGCGAUUUGGAGUAUACAGCCAUCGGCUUGAUGAUAUGUGGCUUGUUGGGGGAGCUUCGAACACAGGAGGGGCUGUCUUGAGGCAACUUUUUACUGAUGAGCAGCUGGAGAAGCUGAGUGAGCAAAUAAAUCCUGCACUACCUUCUUCUCUGGACUACUACCCUUUACCAGCUGCCGGGGAGAGAUUUCCUGUAGCAGAUCCUGACAUGCAGCCCAGAUUACAUCCGCGUCCUGAUAGUGAUUCUGAUUACUUGCAUGGUGUUCUAGAGUCCAUUGCACGCAUAGAGGCAAAAGGUUAUGGCCUACUUAAAGAUCUUGGGGCAACUGGAGCAGAUGAAGUUUUCACAGCCGGAGGUGGUGCAAAGAAUGAUAAAUGGACUAAAAUUCGAGAGAGAGUGCUUGCUUUGCCAGUCAGUCGUGCUGUUCAAACAGAAGCUGCUUAUGGUGCUGCUCUAUUGGCAUUGAAGGGUGCUAGAUAAUAAGAAAAUAAUCUAGCUUAUGCUUUACUACCACUGUUAGUAUAACUUGGAAGUCCCAAAUUAGGAUUUUGUCCUUAUCCUUUCUUGAAUUUGUGACUUGUGAAUGAGUGCUCUAAUUUUUUAUGGCUAUUUUUCUUCUUCUUCUUA